ACAAGGGGUUGUAAAAAAUACAGAAAGGAUUGGAUUCUGGGGGAGGUUCAUGGACCAAAACGAUCGGAUUAAACUGAUUUUUGGACCAACAGCCGGAUCUGAACUGGGUUCAAAAUGUUGAUCAUCUCAGUCUUGGUCCUUUUGGGGAGUGGACUGCUCGUGAACUGCGAGACACACUCUCUGACCUACAUCUACACGGCCUUCUCCCAUCCUGUGGAGCUCCCAGGCAUCCAUGAAUUCACUGCUAUGGGCCUGCUGGACAACAAAAUGAUUGAUUACUAUGAUAGUACUAUUCAAAAGAAAGUUCCCAAACAGAAGUGGAUGAAGGAGCAACUCCAGCAGGAAUACUGGGAUAAAGGAACUCAGUCCCGGCAGAGCAAGCAGCAGUGGUUCAAGGUUAACAUCGACAUCCUGAUGAAUAGAAUGAAACAAUCUUCUAACGAUACUCACAUUCUCCAGUGGAUGCAUGGAUGUGAAGGUGUAGAAGAAGAAAAUGGUAACCUCAAGUUUGUGCGUGGCAUGGACAUGUACAACUAUGAUGGAAAUGACUUCCUGGGAUUUGAUGAUGAGCAUCAAGUUUGGGUGGCUGCAACAAAUGAAGCACUCCUCACCAAGAGAAAAUGGGAUGAAGUCACGGCUCUGAAAGACUACACCAAGGGUUACCUGGAGAAGGAGUGCAUGGAAUGGAUGAAAAGCUUCCUGACUUAUUCAAAAAAGCAGGAAAUAAAUGCCUCUCCUCCUGAAGUUCACGUGUUCACAACAAAAGCCAAACAGUCCUCGAACGUUGUGCUGACGUGCCUCGCCACAGGCUUUUAUCCAAAAGAGAUCACCCUAAACAUCAGAAGAAAUGGACGCAUCCUCAAUAAAGAGGAUGGAGUGAUGAGCUUUGGAGUUCGUCCGAAUCACGAUGACACCUUCCAAA